CAUAUAAAUACUAUUAAACCGUAUCUCUGCUCUGCCUCGGACUUGGAGAGCUUGAAAAUUGCAGGCUUUUGUUCCUUUCAGCGCUUUAAUUACAUCCAAAAUUGCUUCCAUUUCGUCGUUCAUCACCUUCUUCAUCUACAAAAAUGGCUGCUUGAGCUCACAUUUCCACCAGAGUUGCUUGGCUUGUGGGUGAGGGAACUGUUGUUCAUAUCCGUUUUUUUGGUGUUUUUUGAGAAGGGAAGUGAUGCAGACUUCUAAAUCCAGAAGUUCAUUGGAGGCACCCAAGAAGGUCUCUUUAAAAGCUGCUCGUCAGGUUAAACCAGCAGCAUUGAAGUGUGACUCGUCGUCGUCGUCCAAUCAAACGGGAAAGAUAUUGAAAGAAAGGAGCCCGAAGGUCGUUGGCAGGUCGCCCAGGACUCCACUAUCAGAGAAGAAGUGCCAAAACAGAAUAUCCGAGUUGGAGUCUCAGAUUUCCAUCCUUCAGAAGGAUCUUAAAAAGGCCAAGGAGCAGCUACAUUCGUCUAAGUCACGGAAAGACCGAGCCCGAGUAGAUACGGAGGUGUCCAGCGCAACAUCAAUUGUCAAGGAGCAUCAGCCAUCAUCUUCCGAACAAGGUCAUACUAACGAGCUUCAGAACGUGGCACGAGAAGACGAUCAAUCGCUGCACUCUGCACCUGAGGUCACCGAGAAGUCAGAAUCCGUGGACUCCGUUGCCUUAGCAAUGGCGAACGUUACGCAGCAGCUUAAACUCAAACUUCUCGUAGUCGAUAAAUCCAAAGCUUUUCAGACAAAACAUGUCGAAUCAGUGAACGAGAAGCACGGUAAAUUGAAACAAGUACUGUCGGAAACCAUCUCGAUUAUGGCAACCAUGAAAAGCCAACUGCAAGAUUGUGAAGUAUCAGAAACUCAAGUUCAAGCACUCAUACAUGAAGCUACAGCUCAAUUGGAUAUUGCAAAAGAAAUGGCUGAGUUGCUCGGUUCUGAUUCGACAAAAGCCUUCGAAGAUUGGAACUCGGUUACUUUAGAGCUGGACGAGUCCCGGGAACACGUAAGCUUACUGGAGACGCUUGUUCGUAAGCUAGAACCCGGCCUUGCAAAUUUUUGCUCGUUGCAGUCGGAGGUUGAGCAGCAAGCUGCCGAGGCAGAAUACCGGGGUAGACGAGAUCUUUGUACCCUCGAACCAAAACCCGCCAUGGUGAAGCCUGAUACAAAUCUAAGGGAGGUUGAACUCAAGAAGGAAUUAGAGAAAUCGAGAGUUGAAAUAGACGAGUUCAAGGCGAAGUUACGCGACAGGGAAACCGAGUUAAGGAGCAUCACGGAAGAGAAUUUGGAGUUGAGUUGUAAGCUCGAGAAGAGCCUAUCGAGCCACCGAGUAUACGGACUAGAGAAAGAGCUGGAUGACUUGAAGAACUGCAUUGCAGAUUUAAAGACCAAUCUCUUAGACAAAGAGACAGAGUUUCAGAGCAUAUCAGAAGAGAAUGAAAUGCUGAUAUCUGAAAUCAGUAAAAGGGACACGAUCGAGACCAAAAUGAAGGACGAAACAAAGACCGAACUCGUUACGUUCACGACCAUAGAGAAGCUCGGGAUUACAGCGGAAGAUACCGACCGAAGCACGGGCAGCAGGAAAUCUGUAGGGGUGGCUGAACUCGAGGCAGCAGAAGCAGCCAAUGCAGAAAUGGAGAUGGAGCUGAGAAGGGUGAAGGUGCAGUCGGAGCAAUGGAGGAAGGCGGCGGAGGCGGCUGCAGCGAUGAUUGGAAGCAACGGAGAGCUCAUGGGUAGAGCGGGAUUGAUGGACAGCAGCUACAACGCCAUUACUGGUAAGAUCGGGGCGCUGUAUUCGCAGGAUUCGGACGAGGAUUUAGUGAAAAAGAAAAAUGUGAAUGUACUAAAAAAGAUAGGGGUGCUUUGGAAGAAACCGCAGAAAUAGAAAUGGGAUUUUGUAGUUUUCUUCAUUUUGUAGAGAGCUUUCUUCCAAAUUUGAGGAUUCAGAAUGCUAUGAAUAACUCAUAUGG